GUUUGCUGUGCUAUUGUGUUAUUGUCGGCAUGGGAAUUUUUAUUUCAUAGUGCUGCAAUUGUUAUAAUUUUUCAUUAUCUGCUUUGCUUUUCCUAGCUGAUACAUCUCUGCAGUCUUCCAAAAUGAUUUGAUAUAUUAGUCCACAGUUAAAGUCAGGAAUUGCGAUGUACAUUCAGAUGGGUUUGUCUUCAUGGUUAUCUUCAUCUGAUUAUGCUGCAUAAUGAUUCUUCCACAGUAAUUCCAGGUUGGAAGCUCACACACGGCUGUUAUAAGAACUGGGAGGCAAGCUGGGGAAGAAGUUUUCUUGAUUGCACUUCUGGAAAAGAAAAAGCUCUUUGCCUUCACACAAGUUGUUGGCAUUCACUGCUCGUUUGCUUGAGGUUCUUUGAAACAGCUGAUAAUGUUGAAAAUAAAAACUCCAAGAACACAUCGUGCUCAACGGGCACUUGAAAAGCGCGCCCCUAAACUCGUUGAGAAUGGCAAGAAAACACUCAUUCUUCAUGGUACCAAGACCAGCAACUUACUGAACUCUGUGUUAACUCAGAUUUAUCAUUUAAAACGAGAUAGUGCUGUAAACUACACCAAGAAAAAUGAAAACAUCAGACCUUUUGAAAGUGGUGGCGAAACAUCUUUGGAAUUUUUCUCUCUCAAAACUGACUGCAGUCUCUUUGUGUUUGGUUCUCAUUCAAAGAAAAGACCCAAUAAUCUAGUUCUUGGGCGGAUGUAUGAUCAUCACGUUUAUGAUCUUGUUGAAGUAGGAGUGGAGAACUUCAGACCCAUUGAGUCCUUCGAGUAUGACAAGAAAAUAACACCACGUAUUGGGUCAAAACCUUUCUUUGCUUUUAUAGGAGAAGGCUUUGAGAGUGUUGAAGAGUUAAAACACCUGAAGGAAGUAUUGCUUGAUCUUUUUGGAGGAGAGGUUGUGGAAAAUUUGAACCUUGGUGGUAUAGACCGCGUAUUUGUAUGCACAGCCACCUCGUCGACUACAAUCCUCUUUAUGCAUUGUGCUCUCCGCCUAAAAAGGUCAGGCACAUCUCUUCCUAGAAUGGAGUUGGUAGAAGUUGGGCCAUCCAUGGACUUGGUAGUUCGGCGUCACAGUCUUCCCAAUGACAGCUUAAAGAAAGAAGCAAUGAAAACUGCUUCCGAUCAGCCUAAGAAGAAGAUCAAAAAUGUGAGCAGCGACAUUGUGCAAGGAAAGAUAGGGAAAAUCUACAUUCCGGAUCAACAGGUUGGAAAUAUGCCUUUAUCUAAUGACAUAAGGGGACUGAAGAGGGAGCGGCGUGAAGCCAAGAAAAACAAGGUUAAUGGAGAGGAUCAAUCAAAGAAAAGAAAGAUGGACCCUCAAUAAUCCUCAGAGGUGGCUCCCUCUCACACUACUGGCCUUGUGAGACACUGCAAUAUAUGCGAAGAAAUUGUGCAUUGGCGCUGAAUUCCAGAUAAACAUUACCCCUGAUUAUGCAUGACCUUCCAAGUUAUCAAAGCGAAAGCAAUCGGAAUUUCUGGAAGAUGAGGCAAUGGAAAUUUUGACUUUUAGUUAUUGCUGAAUUGAUUUUGACAUUAGCAUCGGAAUUGGAUGCCUGUAGGUAUUUCAAGAAAGCAUAUGCUGGAUGGAAUUAAUAUGAAAGUUGCAGUUCA